AUGAAUUACAAUUACGUUGAUAAUCGCACUUAUCAAAAUUUUCAUCUCGUUCCGCAACGAAGCUCAAUUAAUAAUCCUACUGAACAAAACGAUAAUUUCGUUCCAUCACAAAGUUUAAGUGAUAAUCACACUGAUCAAACGGUAGUCGCAGAAUACUAUAAAAUUUCGUCAAUAAAUGAUUUCAAGGAACUAAAAAAGAAAUGCGCCACCUUUAUUCUUUUCCGUAAGAAGAUUAAUGAGGCUCUAAGUAAAAGCGGAAGGGUAAGAACAGCUGCUCAGACUUCUAAACUCGCUUCCGAAUUAUGGAAAAAUACACACCCUGCUGAAAAAAAGAAAUAUAAUCAAAUGUCAGCCAUGUUAACACGAAAAAAC